AUGAACCAAACCAAUCAAAUUAUUGGCGUUCAGCCACAAAAUAAUAAUGACCAGUUACAGAUACUUCAGAAUAUUGGCAGACCACGAAAUGCUAAUAUCCAACUUCCAAGAACCCCUAAUAUUGGCAUGCCGCCUCUCAGAUCCCAGAACAAUGCAAAUUUAUUCACUAGUACUUUUAUUGCAGUUCAGCAUGACCUAAUUAGCGGCACAGAUCCAUUCGCAAGAAUGCAAGGUGUAGGAAAUCCACUACAGAGUACACCAUUUUCAACGUUGCUAUUUUCAGGGGUUUCAUUCCCAUAA